AGAGAGAGAGAGCACAAUCUCUUUCUGCAGAGCACAAUGACUUUAGCUUUGUCCCUUCCAUUGAGAAAGCAGGAUUUAACGGAACCGUUCCAAGAUUUCUCUUCCCACAGUCAGCGGAGUGAUUCUGGCAGCCGCCAGGUGGUGUUUGUGCAGUUGUCAGCCAGUUUCCUUCAGUGGCAGAUGAAGUGCAAGCCUCCACCUGCUGCAUCAGGGCUUGGAAGCACUACUGACACCCUGAACUUAUGACACUGUUAAGUUGGUUUCAGGAAAGCGAUCCUGAUGGAAAACACCACUGUGCAGUACAUCAAGCUGGGAAUACCUCCAGAGCUUAUUGAAAUGUACAAGCGAUGAAGAGGGAAAAGAGGACUCUUCAAAGAGGGUUAAACAACGUUCCCUUCUUGGCUAAACUGAAGUAAAGGGAGCUAUGGCGACUGCAUCUUUUUGCAAGGAAAUCUGCAAUCCAGGAAAGAUGUACAUCCCUGAAGCUAUGAAUGUGUUGCCAAGAGGCAUUACAAUGAAUAUAUGAAGCUGUCUUAUAUCGGAGUCAGACCACUGGUCCACCAAGCUCAGUAUCGUCUACACCAGCUGGCAGCAGCUCUGCAGGAUUACAGGCAAAGCAAUCCCAGCCCUUUCUGGAGAUGCCAGGGAUUGAACCCGAGACCUUCUACAUGCAAAACAGUGCUUUACUACUGAACUACAGCCCAAUCACCAACGUUUCUACUAAAAAUCUCCUGUAUUACAGAGCACAUGAAUUCUCUCUUGCUUAUCACAUUGAGGACUAGCAUGAUCCUUCUAAAGUACCCUGGAAAUUCCGCAAGCUUAGAUCUUGACUGAUUCUGCCCUUCAAUAUAUUACAAACAUGGCAACCACAGGCUUCUUUGGAUCCACCAACAAUUUAAGCACUUUAGCUCUGAAGUCCAAAGUGAUCUAUCUAGCAGAGAACCAUACCAUGGAAACCUACACGGGAUCCACAUCACCAGUCCUCUUCAACACCACAUAUUUUGAACUAAGUGAAUCAUAUCUCUACAAUGAAAGCAAGCCCCUGAACCUGACAGAUAAAUCAGACCACCAGCAAUAUGUGAUAGGCCUUUUCUUAUCAUGCCUCUACACCAUCUUCCUCUUUCCCAUUGGCUUUGUUGGAAACAUUCUCAUUUUGGUGGUGAACAUCAGUUUCCGCGAAAAGAUUACUAUACCAGACCUGUACUUCAUAAACCUUGCCGUAGCAGACCUCAUUUUAGUUGCCGACUCUCUCAUUGAAGUUUUUAACCUUGAUGAAAAAUACUAUGAUAUCACAAUCAUUUGUACUUUCAUGUCUUUGUUCCUUCAAAUCAACAUGUACAGCAGCAUCUUCUUCCUAACCUGGAUGAGUUUUGACAGAUACAUUGCACUGGCAAAAGUCAUGCGGUCCAACUUCUUCCGCACCAUGGAACACGCCAGGUUAAGCUGUGGCCUCAUAUGGCUGGCAUCCAUCUCGGCGGCUCUGGUGCCUUUUACAGCUGUACAUUUGCAACACAGUGAAGAGGUUUACUUUUGCUUUGCGGAUGUAAGAGAAAUCCAGUGGUUAGAAAUAACCUUAGGGUUUAUCAUCCCUUUUGCUAUCAUAGGCUUGUGUUAUUCAUUAAUUGUCCGAGUCCUCGUGAGAGCUCACAAGCACAGGAGUUUGAGAAUUCGCCGGCAGAAAGCUCUUCGCAUGAUUGUUGCCGUCGUCCUUGUCUUCUUCAUGUGCUGGCUGCCCGAAAACAUCUUCAUAAGUGUGAAUCUUCUUCAAGAGACAGAGCAGGUCUCAUCAAAAAGUCAGUCUUUUAGGCAUAAAUACCCCUUAACGGGACACAUUGUGAACCUUGCUGCUUUCUCAAACAGCUGUUUGAAUCCCCUUAUCUACAGUUUCCUAGGUGAAACUUUCAGAGUCAAACUGAGAUUGUAUAUUGAACAGAAAACCAAAGUGUCAAUCGUAAACCGCUUUUUUCAGGCUACUCUGAAUUCAGUCAUUCCUGAUAGCAAUGAGCAAUCAGAAGUUUAAUUUAGCCUGUCUCAAAGGUACCACAGUGGAACUUGAUCACAAUGCUUGCUACUAACAGAAAAGUGUACUAUGCACAAAAAUCUGUAUUCUAUUUUUAUGACAAUACGUAAAAGAUUAAACACUACUCAGAAUCGUAUUUAAUUAUGGAUAGGACUAAUACAGUAAAAGGCUCACAGAGGGUCAAGCUGCAUUUGUAUCUUUGCAAAAAAAAUAAAGUAGCAGAAAAUUGUA